AUUUUCUUGCCGACUAUGGCGGAAUCGCCACGGCCCACCACCGCCAAGCGCCGCCGUACAUUCUGACAGUUAAAGAAAUUUAAUUCAGUGAGAGAAGACUUUAGUGAGAUAUACUUUGAAGUAAAAAAAUCUCUCUCUCUUCGCAAAGGUGAUUUCCAGAAUCUCCCGGAGAAUACUUGAAACCAACUUCGAUCUUCCUCAAACUUGCAUCAAAAUCCAAAAUUUUCAACAUGCAAACCGACGAAGAGCAUCAGGAACAGGAUCAGAAUCAACAUCACUAUCAACAACCUUGAUCCGUUGAAGGAAGUUUGGAAGGGGUUACAGGAUUUGAAGCUAGGAGUUGAUAAACCAAGGUGGUCAGUACGCGAAGAAACUCAAAAGGAAUUCGAUAAAGACCAUGGGCUAUGCCUCGUUGCAAAAGGCUCAAUCCGUAUCAUCAAAAUCCGGCGGGCAUCAAGGUGGCCCUUCCUCGAACUUGGGAGCUGGGAGGGAAAGUAGAAGGACAGAUUAACGACGACGACACCGUUAACUUCUACUUUGACACUGAACAUCAGCUCCUGAUGGUUCUCGAGAAACAACCCUAUACCUAUAGAGGUUGGUUGGUAGCUUUGGAUCGAUGGAGUAAUAGGGAUAACCCAACCUUCUUGAAGUAUAUCCCGUUUAAAGUUCCCCUGACAAUUCCACAUAUAAAAGAUAUCAGGAAAACUUAUAAUAAUAGUUUUGUUCAAGACUUAGCUAAGGAUCUAGGCUAUAAGAACUCUGUAGUGGUGCCUGCUUGUGGUAGCAGUGGUGGUGCAGCCUUUUUUUGGAAUGAUGGGGUUAAGUUAUCUUUUUUGGGAAAUCCUAAUCUGUUCUGUAAUCAUGUCCGUUGAAGAAGGCGCCAAUACUUUUUGGUUGACCUAUAUAUAUAUGGAAAUCCUAUUGUAAAAUAUCGGCAAGCUCAGUGGCGUCAAAUAAUUGAUUCAGAAAAUGCAGGUCUUCUAUACAGAACAAACCUCGCAUUCUGAUCGGAGACUUCAAUGAUAUUAAGACCAGGAAUGAAAAGCAAGGCGGCAUCUCCAGGUCUGUGCGAUCUUGCUCCCUAUUUAACCUUAUGCUUUCUGUUUUGGGUCUUCAAGACUUUAAAACCUUUGGUGGAAGGUAUACUUGGUUAGGAAAAAGAUCCAAAUAUACUAUCAUGUCUAGGAUUGAUAGAGCUGUAGCUAACUGCGACUGGUUGGAUAAAUUCCCUAUGGCUACAGUUUCUCUUUUGCCUUGGAUUGGGUCUGACCAUAGACCUUUGCUACUUGACACUAAUGAAAACAAAAGAAACAAAGCUUUUUUGUUCAGAUAUGACAGCAGGUGGAGGCUUUACCCAGGACUGAAACAGAUGGUAGAACAAGUGUACGGUCAGGAAAACUCUAAUCUCUCCUAUGGAAUUCACUCUAUCAUCCUCCAAUGUAUAAAGGCGUUAUCCAGGUGGAGAAGUAAGCAAAUAACAACCUCACAGAAGGUUAUUCAGAGGCUCAAACAAGAAAUACAAGACUUGAAGAAGAAUAUUGGAGAACAAAGAGUCGAGUACUUUGGUUGCAAGCAGGGGAUAAAAAUACAAAGUACUUCCACAACAAAACUAGACAGAGACGGCAUUAUAAUAGGAUUGCACAAAUCCAAGAUGAUCAAGGGAAGUUACUUUCUAAACCAAAUGACAUCCAUAGGCACAUAGAAAAUUAUUUUCUGACGUUAUACAAGAGUCAUGGGAGCUCUCUUGACAAUAAUUUAAUGAGUGGUAUUCCUGUAUCAGUUACUGAAGAAAUGAAUAGAGCCUUGACUGCGCCGAUAUUGGAGAAAGAAAUCAAAGAAGCAGUUUUCAAAAUGAACCCAGAGAAGGCGUCGGGACCUGGUGGAAUGACUCCGAACUUCUAUAGACAACACUGGGACUCCAUCAAGCCAGUGGAAGAGUCCCAACCUCAUCAUCUAUCUUCCCAAUUAGUAUUUUGAUAGAGAGAGAUGCCGGAUUCCACGACGGAGGAUUCCGUGGCCGUUGCGCUACUCCCUUCCCUCCGUCACGCAACCAACUCUUCCUCUCAAGUCGCCAUCGUCGGCUCCAACCUCUGCCCAGUGGAAAGCCUCGAUUACGAGAUCGCGGAGAAUGAUUUCUUCAAGCAGGACUGGAGAGCUCGUAGCAAGACGCAGAUCUUCCAAUACGUGUUCAUGAAGUGGCUUCUCUGUUUCUUCGUCGGAAUCAUUGUUAGUCUCAUCGGUUUCACCAACAACCUCGCCGUGGAGAAUCUCGCCGGCGUUAAGUUCGUCGUCACUUCUAACAUGAUGUUAGCCGGAAGGUACAGCAUGGGCUUCUUUGUUUUCACUGUUACAAACCUGCUUCUCACUCUCUUUGCCUCCGUGAUCACCGCUUUUGUUGCCCCUGCUGCUGCUGGUUCCGGUAUACCUGAAGUCAAGGCUUAUCUGAACGGUGUUGAUGCACCUGAGAUAUUCUCACUCCGCACUUUGCUUGUGAAGAUCAUUGGGAACAUAUCUGCAGUGUCGGGGUCUCUUCUCAUUGGUAAGGCGGGGCCUAUGGUGCACACUGGUGCCUGCGUUGCCUCCAUUCUUGGUCAGGGCGGCUCUAAAAGAUAUGGCUUGACUUGGAGGUGGCUUCGGUAUUUCAACAAUGAUAGGGACCGAAGAGAUCUUGUUACUUGUGGUUCAGCUGCUGGUAUUGCUGCCUCCUUUCGUGCUCCCGUAGGUGGUGUCCUCUUCGCCCUUGAGGAGAUGUCGUCUUGGUGGAGGAGUGCGCUUUUAUGGAGAAUCUUCUUUUCAACGGCUGUUGUGGCGAUCGUUCUCAGGGCUCUAAUCGAUGUGUGCUUAAGUGGAAAGUGCGGGUUAUUUGGUAAAGGAGGGUUGAUAGUGUUUGAUGUCUAUUCAGAAAAUGCAUCAUAUCAUUUAGGGGAUGUACUUCCUGUUCUUCUCCUUGGAUUUGUCGGUGGUAUUUUAGGAAGCAUUUAUAACUUUCUCCUCGAGAAGGUUCUUCGAGCUUACAACUACAUUUAUGAGAAAGGGGUUGCUUGGAAAAUCAUCCUCGCUUGCGCGAUAUCAAUUUUCACGUCAUGCCUUCUUUUCGGAUUGCCAUUUCUUGCAUCAUGCCAACCUUGCCCUGCAGAUGCCUUAGAGGAGUGCCCUACAAUUGGCCGGUCUGGCAACUUUAAGAAAUACCAGUGCCCACCCGGUCACUACAACGACCUAGCAAGCCUCAUUUUCAACACAAAUGACGAUGCCAUCAAAAACCUUUUCAGCAAAAACACCGACUUUGAGUUCCAUUACUUGUCGGUUCUCGUGUUCUUCAUCACCUGCUUCUUCCUCAGCAUCCUUAGCUACGGCAUUGUUGCUCCGGCGGGGCUGUUUGUACCGGUUAUCGUAACGGGAGCGUCUUAUGGACGGUUUGUAGGGAUGCUGCUCGGUUCAAAAAAUCUGAACGAUGGUCUAUAUGCUGUGCUCGGCGCUGCGUCCUUUCUUGGCGGAUCAAUGAGGAUGACUGUUUCCUUGUGUGUUAUUCUCCUUGAGCUGACUAAUAAUCUGCUUCUUCUACCUAUGAUGAUGGUGGUCCUCUUGAUUUCGAAAACAGUUGCUGAUGCUUUCAAUGCCAACAUCUAUAACCUCAUCAUGAAGAUAAAAGGGUUUCCGUACCUCCACAGCCAUGUAGAGCCUUACAUGAGGCAGCUUACAGUUGGUGAUGUAGUUACAGGACCGCUACAAGUCUUCAAGGGCAUCGAGAAAAUCGAGACUAUUGUACACGUUCUCAAAACCACCAAUCACAAUGGCUUCCCUGUGGUUGAUGGGCCACCACUCGCUCCAGCUUCUGUUCUGUACGGUCUAAUCCUCAGGGAUCAUAUUCUUACUUUGCUAAAGAAACGAGUGUUCUUAUCUAGUCCAGUGGCUUUUGACUCCAAUACACUUGCUCAGUUCAAGGCAGAUGAGUUUGCGAAGAAGGGUUCAGGGAGGGGUGAUAGGAUAGAGGAUGUGGAAUUAAGCGAGGAAGAAUUGAAUAUGUAUUUGGAUUUACACCCGUUCUCUAAUGCUUCUCCUUACACUGUUUUGGAAACGAUGUCACUCGCAAAGGCUCUUGUCCUCUUCCGUGAAGUUGGCCUAAGGCACAUACUGGUCAUACCAAAAUCAUCCAAUCGACCUCCACUGGUGGGUAUAUUGACAAGGCAUGACUUCAUGCCAGAACAUAUACUAGGCCUGCGUCCAACCUUGUCUAGAAGCAGGUGGAAAAGGCUUCGGAUUCGGCUGCCUUUCCUCUCGUAAAGGAUUCAGCAGCCUGCCAAAUUCCGGGUAUGACAGCUUUGAUCAACUUUGUAUAAUAACUGCAAGCAGACAUGUGGUGUGCACAGAGCGACUUAUUCUUUCACCUUUUUACUAAAGAGUUGUUUAACUCUUUAAGUCCGAGAUCUAAGAUUUGUACAUGCUUUGUAGUGUCGAUUAUUCUACUUUGUAUAUGAAUCAACAUGAAGGUACCACCUCGGAUAAAAGGGCACUUUCAUUUUUUAUUAGUGAUGGAUACAAAAGAAGUAGAGAUUUAGAAAUGUUGUGUUUGCCUGUAAAA